AUGUUAGGACAGACGGACCCCACCAUCACAGGACCCCACCGUCACAGGACCCCACAGGACCACACCAUCACAGGACCCCACCGUCACAGGACCCCACCAUCACAGGACCCCACCAUCACAGGACCCCACCGUCACAGGACCCCACAGGACCACACCAUCACAGGACCCCACCGUCACAGGACCCCACCAUCACAGGACCCCACCAUCACAGGACCCCACCCUCACAGGACCCCACCCUCACAGGACCCCACCGUCACAGGACCCCACCGUCACAGGACCCCACAGGACCAGACCGUCACAGGACCCCACCGACCCCACCCUCACAGGACCCCACCUUCACAGGACCCCACAGUCACAGGACCCCACAGGACCCCACCCUCACAGGACCCCACCGUCACAGGACCCCACCUUCACAGGACCCCACCCUCACAGGACCCCACAGUCACAAGACCCCACCUUCACAGGACCCCACCCUCACAGGACCCCACCUUCACAGGACCCCACCGUCACAGGACCCCAACUUCACAGGACCCCACAGUCACAGGACCCCACCUUCACAGGACCCCACAGUCACAGGACCCCACAGGACCCCACCUUCACAGGACCCCACAGGACCCCACCUUCACAGGACCCCACAGUCACAGGACCCCACAGUCACAGGACCCCACAGGACCCCACAGUCACAGGACCCCACAGUCACAGGACCCCACCCUCACAGGACCCCACAGUCACAGGACCCCACCUUCACAGGACCCCACCCUCACAGGACCCCACAGUCACAAGACCCCACCUUCACAGGACCCCACCCUCACAGGACCCCACCUUCACAGGACCCCACCUUCACAGGACCCCACCGUCACAGGACCCCACCUUCACAGGACCCCACCGUCACAGGACCCCACCUUCACAGGACCCCACAGUCACAGGACCCCACAGGACCCCACCGUCACAGGACCCCACCUUCACAGGACCCCACAGUCACAGGACCCCACAGGACCCCACCGUCACAGGACCCCACCUUCACAGGACCCCACCUUCACAGGACCCCACAGUCACAGGACCCCACAGGACCCCACCGUCACAGGACCCCACCUUCACAGGACCCCACCGUCACAGGACCCCACAGUCACAGGACCCCACCCUCACAGAACCCCACCCCCACAGGACCCCACCCUCACAGGACCCCACAGGACCCCACAGUCACAGGACCCCACAGACCCCACAGUCACAGGACCCCACAGGACCCCACAGUCACAGGACCCCACAGUCACAGGACCCCACCGUCACAGGACCCCACCUUCACAGGACCCCACCCUCACAGGACCCCACAGUCACAGGACCCCACCUUCACAGGACCCCACCCUCACAGGACCCCACCGUCACAGGACCCCACCUUCACAGGACCCCACCGUCACAGGACCCCACCUUCACAGGACCCCACAGUCACAGGACCCCACAGUCACAGGACCCCACAGUCACAGGACCCCACCCUCACAGGACCCCACCGUCACAGGACCCCACCUUCACAGGACCCCACCCUCACAGGACCCCACCUUCACAGGACCCCACCUUCACAGGACCCCACAGGACCCCACCUUCACAGGACCCCACCGUCACAGGACCCCACCUUCACAGGACCCCACAGUCACAGGACCCCACAGGACCCCACCUUCACAGGACCCCACCGUCACAGGACCCCACCUUCACAGGACCCCCCCGCCACAGGACCCCACAGGACCCACCGUCACUCAUUUAGUCAUCAACUAA